AUGCAAAGACGUCAACAAUAUACACAACUCUCAAUUUCGGCGCCUUCGGCGGAAACGCCUUCACGUAGAAUUCAUGUUAUCGAUCCUCAAACAGAACCUCAAACUCAUGGAAGACCACGAGCAAAGUCGAAACAACCAAAUAGAACAACCAAGACAUCGCAAAAGUUAACACUUUUCCCCGAAGAACAAGUUACAACUGUAGAGGAGGUGAACGAUGACAAGUAUAAUCAAAUUGGACAACUUCCACAAGGAACCGCUCGAAUUGAAGCAGAAAA